CAUCCGGGACAGAAUUGGGACUGUGCAGAGUCCAUACAUACAGAAUAAGGACAGAUACUGAGAAUUACACCCGGCAUACGGGACAGAAUUGGGACUGUGCAGAGUCCAUACAUAUAGAAUGAGGACAGAUACUGAGAAUUACACCCGGCAUCCGGGACAGGAGAAGUGGGACUGUGCAGAGUCCAUACAGAACAGGAGAAGUGGGACUGUGCAGAGUCCAUACAGGACAGGAGAAGUGGGACUGCAAAGUCCACACAGGACAGGAGAUGUGGGACUGUGCAGAGUCCAUACAGGACAGGAGAAGUGGGGACUGUGCAGAGUCCAUACAGGACAGGAGAAG